GGAUUCAGCGCGAAAGAAAUAACAUCAUUGUAUUUGUGACAAGUUGCAGUGUCGAUUUUCGUUUAUUUUAUUUUAAUAUUUGCGUUUAAUAAACGUUUUUUUUAGUGUGGUGACCAGUGUAGUUUUUAGAAAUGAAUACAAAUCUGACUUGACUCCGUCAACCUAACUUGACACUUGACGAAAUGUUAAAGAUUGUUCAAUUGAUUUUUGAAGAUAGAAACAUCAUCGAAAACAAAGCAACAGACCUUAUUAUAAUAGCUCAAAAAAAUGAAUGUUGGGUGAAAAUCGCGAAAUUAUUUGAUGGAAACUUAUCUGUGUCAUCACCAAAUUAUAGAUCUAUGGAGCAAAUUGGAAAUUUCUGGACUUCAGAUAAUUUUCAGGAGGUCGACAAAUGGAAUUGGCCUUCAAUUGUGUUGAAGAAAUUACAUACAGUAUAAUUAAACCCUCAAUAGAAGGUUUAAAUAACCCCUAUGAUAAUGAUUCAGAAUAUAAUAUGAAUAAUAAACAGAAUGAAAAUCAACCACCAGCUGAUGAUCCAGUUUUUGAAUACCUCUUGGAAUCCAACAGUACUACAAACUGGAACACAGGGGCUCCUGCCGAACUGAAAAACCCUUUAACUGAACCUCUGAAGAACAUUAUAUCAAGAAGGUCUCUUUCGAAUGAUCAAUUCGAGCCAGUAGCAUCUACGUCAAAUGGAAUAACGUCUUCAACUAAAAGAUCCUGUUCCUUUUCUAAAACUGCAGACAUUUUACAAUCAAAAAAAUUAAAAUUAAUAACAGUUAUGGAGGAACGUAUGAAAGAGCGUGAAAGCUUAGAUGAUUUAAAAGAAAAGGUAUUACAAACUAAAUUAAAAGCUGAAUCAUUGAAAUUGCAACUCCUUGAAAAAACAGUACGGAAAACAAACGAUGAAAUAAUACAAAAUGCACAUGAUUAUGAAGACUUUUUCAAUAUAUCAGACUCUGAUGAAUAAUAAUAAUGAAGAUAUACUUUCAUUAAGUUAAAAACUUUUCAUUAUAAUGAAACAUGGUGCAAUUAAAAAUUUUUAACUUAAGUUCAACAAUUUUUUACUGGGUUGCGUUAAUAUUAAUAUAAUUGUUUUCAUCUGUUUUAUAUUUAUUAAAAAAAAAAAGUUUUAUAAGUAAUCACAUAAGUUACAUAUUCACGUUGCUUUGAAAGUUAUAUGAAUGAAAAGUUACAAAAUACUUUUUGAUGUUUCAGUCAUUUUUUUUAUUAUUAUUAACUCAUUGCCUGACCAAUAUUUACUUGUUAAUGUAUUUUGUUUACUUUCCAUAAAAAGAAAACCGAAUACGUCGAUGACAAACUUCUCAGUAUGCAACUGUAUCAUGCCUGAAAAACGUAAUGUUAU